CUCUUUUUGGAGUUUAUGAGGGCACAAUUUGUUUGCUAAAUAUUGUUAUUAUGGGUGAGGUUGAUACCAAACCAAUUGAACCAGUACAAGUUGCUCUCUCCUUGUUUGGUGAGAAAGGUGAUCAGAGGAAAGCCAGCCCUACCAGCAGCAAUGAUUUGGCAAAAUACAAAGUGCAACUGGAAGCCAGGGAUGCUGCUUGCAAGCAAGCCCUUCUUAAGCUCGAGCACUACCAGAAAAGAGCUGAUGAACAUUCCAACCUGCUGAAGAACGCAGAGACUGAGAGAGAUAUGUUUAUUGAUGAAUGUAGAGAGGCUAAAACUCAAAUACGACAACUUGAUUCCAAGAUGAAGGAGAUGGGUGAUCAACUACUGGAAACUACAAAGAUACGAGAGCAACUUACACAUGUUCUGAGUGAGUUGAAGGCCGCACAAAGAGAACUGCUUAGCAUGGAAUCAGAACUUGCUAUUGCCAGAGAUUCUAACCUCAAGGCCAUGACACAAGCAGAAUUGAUGGAAGCUGCUGCCGACAUGGAAAAGGAGAGGACAGAAGAGCUUCUAAGACGUGUCUCAGAGCUGAGUGAAGCUUUUGUUAAGUCAAGACUUGCUGCUGUUGAAGCAGAGAAAGAAAAGCUUGCACUAUUGUCUGAGAAAGAUGCUGAGAUGGAGUUAGCUACAGCAGCGGCAGUUCAAGCACAAAUGCAGUUGGAAGAUAUGAGAAAGCAGAUUCAAAUGGUACAGGAAUUGGAAAAUCAGCUCAUGGACAAGUCUGUAUUUAGCGAUAUACUUCAGUUGGAACUUAAGCAAGCAAACGACCUACUUUGUUCAUCUGAGAAAUCUGCUUCCGAUGCCAAAAACAGUUUGAAUCAGCUUCGAAUAGAUUUGGAAGUAAAUGAGAGAAAGAACUUGGAUCAAUCAGUUUACAUUGAGGCAUUAGAACUGGAACUGAAUCAGUUAAAAGUAGAGCUUAAUAGUUCAAAGGAAGAGGUAGAGAAGGUAAAAAAGGAGAUGGAUGCGAUUUGGGGAAGAGACACUGAAGCACAAAUUGAGGUGGCACUGCUGAAAGCCGAGCUUCAUAAAGGGAAGUCCAAAAUUGCAGCAGCAGAGGCAGCCGAAGCAAGAGCCAAUAGUGUUAAAUCUGGGCUAUAUCUUGCAGUUCGGCAGCUAGCUGUAGAAGCACAGGAAGCAAAGAAGGAGACUCAAAGGUUAAAGCGAGGAGAAGACAAGGUAGCUGAAGAAACUGAAAACUCUUUCGAAGAAGUAGAAGCUUCAGAAACUGAUGAGUUGAAAACAGAAGAUGAAGAGAAGAGAGAUGGGGAUGAUGGGCAUAUAAAAAUUUCAUUGAAAGAAUAUGAGUCCCUAAUUAGAAAGGCUGAGAAAGCGGAUCACAUUGAUCAUGUAGCACCAGGGGAAGAUGCUGGUCAGUUAACCAAGCUUGAAAAUAACCAUGAAUUGGAAAAUUUAAAGAAAGAGUUAGAACUUGCAAUGGUGAAAGUUGGGGAGUUCAGGAAUCGGGCAGAACAGGCUGUGAGCAGAGCUGAACUAGCUGAGAAAGCUAAAGCUGGAGUUGAGGAUCAUUUAAGGAGGUCUCGACAGAAGCAGCAACGGAGAAAGGCUGCUAUAGCUGCACUCCGCGAGGAAUCUGCUCCUAGGGAAUUUAACUCUCCUCCAUUUGACAAGCAACCUACAAUAUAUCAACCUUUGGGUAAGGUUCUCAACAUGAAAUUCAAGUGAUAGGACUUUCUGUGAAAGUUUAGUUCGAUUAAUAUAUAUCUCAAACAUGGAAACUGUUUCCAGGACCAAGAUUGAUUCUCUGUGGUGAUCUUUAUCAAUGACUAAAGUUUUAUUUAAUUCUCCAUUCAUGGUGCAGUAAUCUCUGCUGAAGUA